GGGAAGGACAGGAAAGUGAGUGUGUGUGCCUCUGUAGAAAAGACAGGCUGCAAAGCCGAAAGUGUCAUGGACUGCAGUUACAGGACAAGAAACAUUUGCAAGUGAGAAGAAAACUGGAAGGCAGCACUAUAUAAAUCAGUAAGGACCUAAAGGAAGGAAAAAAAAUGUCUUAAAUGCUCUGACAUCUAUGAGAAGAGUUGAUGAAGAGUUCUUUAGAAAUUCCUGUAUCAGCAAAUUGGUAAGAGAAAUAAAGGCAGUUAAGACCAUAUGCUAACACAGAUCACCUGGUGCAGACUGAAACCUUUUUUGUAUUUAUUCUUCUUGGAAAAUCAGUUUACUGCAGUUGAAAUGUUGAUGUCUUAAUUACUUCAUGGAAAUCGACAGACAGAGAUUAUGUGUUAUACUUGAUUGAUUUGGAAAUGGCAAUUUCAGCACAGCAUCUGUACCUAAUUUAGAUGCAAUGUAACUCAGGCAUUUUGCAGAUUUGCUUCCUUAACUGCAGCUCAAACUUAACUUUGCAAAAAGAGGAUUAAAAUUGCAAGGGGAAAAAUAUUCAGCUAUACGUGUGGCACCAGCAACAGAACUAAAUUAUUUUGCAAAAUGAAAAUCUAACAUAUGAAAGCAUCAUGGUACAGGAAAGGAGUCCAGAAGACAGUUGUGUCUUAAGCCAAAUUUGUCCUGCACUGGACACAGAACAGUGCAGAGAACUGAGCAAUGUUAGCUACAAGGCAGAACCAGACUGGUGCAAGACCCCAAGUGGUCACAUCAAGAGACCCAUGAAUGCAUUCAUGGUGUGGUCUCAAAUCGAGCGACGGAAGAUCAUGGAGCAGUGGCCGGACAUGCACAACGCUGAGAUUUCUAAACGUCUGGGCAAGAGAUGGAAGCUACUUCAGGACUCAGAAAAAAUUCCAUUCAUCAAGGAAGCUGAAAGACUGAGGCUAAAACACAUGGCUGACUAUCCAGAUUACAAGUACCGACCGAAGAAACGGGGUAAAACUGGUGCCAGCAAGCCCACUGAAAAGCUGCCUGCCAAAAGCAAAAUACAAGUUGUCAGUAGACCCACUGUUAGCAAAGGAGCAAAAACUAAACAAAGUUCUACCAAACUCAAAGCUCCUCAUUCCUUCUUUAAGAAUGAGGACUUAACUUACGAAACUGAUGGUUAUAAGAAUGCUGUGCAAUUGUCCAGCCCAUGUGUAAGUGACAACCACAAGACAAGCAACACAGAGUUAGACAGUGUCAACCAUGUUGAUUUUUAUGAAGAAGUGGAAGAAAACGGAGAAACGGACACCCAGGUCAAGUCACAUAGGUUACUUGGUUUCAGAUCUGUUAAUCAUAGGGUUGGAACAGUGACUGAAACACAGUUCUCACAAAAUGUGCUAAUAACAAAUGAAAAACCAGACCCAAGAAGAUCUCUGGAGCCUGGAUAUACAUCCCCAAUUUCAACAAGAUCCCCAUCAUCUUCUUUUGCCUCUUCAUCUUCCUCAGAUGAAGAACUGGAGGAUGAGAUACUAGAUAUUUUGUCUAGUACAAACUUUGAUAAUAUGACAUCUGGGAGUCUAGACUAUACAUCUCUGGAUAAAGACACGGAUGUAUUUCAUGCAAGCUCAGGGUCACACUUUGAGUUCCCAGACUACUGCACUCCAGAGGUAAAUGAACUAAUUUCAGGAGAAUGGCUUGUGUCAAGUAUUUCUGACUUGGUGUUUACUUACUAAAGAUUCUAGUACAGCCCUUACUGUACAACUUGAGAAAAAUCAGGAAUUUAACAAACCAGCAUUCUGCAGGAGAGGGGCAGCUUUUUUCCCCUUCUUAACAUAUUUGUCAUUGACCUCAAUUUGCAGCCCAACAACACAAUUAUGUGAUUCCUUCCAGCUUUAAAAGUGCAGGUUAAAGGUCAACCAUAUGAAUAAGUAAACUGGAGAAAAGCAAUUAAUGUGCAUAUGCACUUUAAGAGAAACAGAAAGUUGAAGACGCAAACCAAACAUAUAUGGUUUCUUUUACACAUUCAGCUAAGAAAUGGAAAAUGUUUGAAGUGUUAGUAAUUUUAGAGAAUGGGGUUAAUCAGAAAUUAUUGUUUUUAUGAAUGUGGUUUAUCCAGUGCUUAUCACAUGGGUAAAUAACUGAUACCAUUGUUAUUAGAAAAAAACGUUGCUUUCCUAAGUGAUAAAACUUUUACAUACAGGCACCAAAGGUAUUAGGAGUUACAAAACAUUGUUACAAAUGAAAUAUAUGCUAUUUUCUCCAAUGCUCCUGAUACAGUAUAUGCUUCUAGAAAAUGGUACAUGUAUUUCAAUUCUCAUAACAUGCUUUCAUUAUUUUUAUGUAUUUCACAGUAUUGUUUGAUAUGGGUGAAACUGAUGAAAGUCCAUUUUAGUAGUUGUACUAGAAAUAGCUGGUUGUGAUAUGUUUAUAGGUGAGUAGAGCUGAAACCUUGUCAGGAUUGAGUCAUGUAAGAAAAAAUAUAUGUGCCAUUUUGCAAUACAUAUUUUUCCUUCUGCUGUUUGUGCUAGUUAUUAGACAUACUAUGUAUGCGUGAAACAGCUGAAAUGGAAGGUGAAUCAUAGCCACAAGCAGAAUCUGCAACUAUUUCUGUUAAGAAAAGGUUGUAGCAAAUCUUAAAAAAAAUAAAAAAAUAAAAAAAGAUCCCAUACUGCCAUACUGUCCACAGCCUGAAGCCCUCAAAUCAUCCUUGGUCUAUUUUGUUAAAUAAUUCAUGAUAAAAUGCAGAUGCAGUGUUCCUAGACAUUAACAGAUAAUGAGUCAUAUCCAGAAUGGGGUUGUACAAAUCUGAUUGCCAGAGGAAAAUGCAAAAGCCAAACCACCAAAUAUAUACAUAUACUGUGCUAAAUGAAGUUGAUUAGACCGAGAUAAAUAAAAUAAUAAUGAAUGUCAUUAGACAAAAGCAGAAAUAAGCAAACAUAUCUUCACUUGAAGUACAAGACAUUCAAAAAAAUGCAGAAAUAUGGUAUUUUCAUUAAACAGGCAAUGCCUGGUUCUCAGACUAUGAGUUAUUUAUUAAUACAAGUUGAAUCUUAUUUCUUGUUAUUUUAAUGGAAUUCCACUGAAAUUACAAUAUAUUUUUCUUUCAUCAGAAAACCAAAUUCAAGGUUGUAGCUUACUUGUAUUUUAUUUCUUUGAAAUAUAGAAACCUCACUGUAUACUUUUAAACCCCAAGCUAUGUUUUGCAAUGAUAAUGAACUUGACUUAUUAAUCAAAUGCUGUGAUGAUUCAAAUGUUAAAUUUACUGCGUUCUGAAAGGAGCUCCUGGAUAAUAGUCUAAACUGUAUUCGGGACCUUGUUUGAACUUCCUUAGCACAGAUAAUUUAGGGCCCGGUGAUUGUAUGACUAUAACUAAUGACCUUUCUACAGAUUCUCAAUCAUUUAGCUGUUUACCCAAAACAUGGUACUAAUUCCAAUAAUUUUCUGAACUAAAAUCUGCUCAUUUUAUAAUUUAAGCAGAAGAGGUGUUAGAAAAAAAAUGUUAGUUUCAUGAUCCAUUAAAUGUACCCAUGUGAGAUACAAGCAACAUAUGCAACUUUUACUGAGAAGGGAAAAAAGGGAUGCAGAAUGAAGUACAUACAAAACCAUUUUUUCUGUUUUUUCCCAGUAAUUAAUGGUUUAUUUUCAAUGUCAGGCUGAAUAUGUAAUGAAAUAAGAAAACAUCAAACUGUUGUUGCACCUUUUUUGGGGGGAGGGGAGCUCUCUAGCAAGCCUUCCAUUUAUUCCCUAUUUUGCCAGAGGCAACUUCUAGUAAUUGCCUGCACUAUACUUCAGACUGCCUCUCUGGGGACAAUGGGUCUAUGAAAAGAUGUAGCCUACGACUCUAGCUUGGUUUCAGCUGCUUGAUUGUGCCAUCUAAGAGUGGAAAGAAAUGUUUAAUUUGCCAGCUGUCUUCACUACCUUCAG